ACCAAACUGAAUUCAGACGUGGAUAUGGCGACGACGGCGCUGAAGACAACAUCGCUGUCGGCGGUGGAGUUCCUGGUGGCAGAGAUCUGCCGCGGUAGCAAGGACAUUGCCACAACACACGAUGCGAGAUACAAACACGUCGAGGCAAUCGGCUACAGAACUGGCCUGGCGCUCUUCGAGAGCCAUUCCGCGUGUAUCAGCGAAGCAAAGAAAAACAUGCGGUUUCAAGGGGAGUUGGACGUGAUCAAAUACCUGUGCAAGGAUAUGUGGCAAGUAAUAUUCCAGAAGCAAAUCGACAACCUCCGAACAAAUCACAAGGGCGUGUAUGUGUUGCAUGACAACCAACACCCGAUGCUGACACAUCUUCCCCGGACCAUCCCCAUUGACGAGAACGUGCAGUUGCUGCUUGCGUAUCCGUGCGGUGUGAUCAAAGGCGGACUGGCUGCGCUCGGCAUCACCGCCUCCGUAUCCGCCGAAAUCACCGCCCUCCCAGCAUGUAAAUUCAACCUGGACGUACGACGAGCGUAGCGUCUUGUACAACAACAACGCGCCACUCCCUUGCCUUCUCGCUCUAUCAUUUGUCGUUACUCGAGCACAUGUGCACAUGUGUCUGUUGCACGUCGGCCAUGUCCAUCCAGUUUGUUGCGGCUCCAUAAACACGUUUGAACACAGGACGCUUCUCCCGU